AUUGAGAGUUAAAAUGGCGGAAACUAAAUUUUCGGCGGAACAGAUGGAACAAUUUAUUGAUAUUUAUCGAUCUUUUGAUUGUUUAUGGGAUGUGAAGUGUAAAGAAUACCGUGAUAUUAACAAAAGAAAUAACGCCUAUGAAGCAAUGGCGGAUAUUAUAAACAUUACCAUAGAACAAGUGAAGAAAAAAUUAAAUAACAUUCGUUCCACGUACCUUCAGGAAAAGAAAAAAGUCGAUAUAUCAAAAUCUACAGGGUCUGGUACGGAGGAUAUUUACACACCAAAUUUAUCUUGGUUUGGUAGUAUGACUUUUUUGGAUGAUGUCACUACGCAGAGAAAGACAAAUUCCACGCCAUCAGUUGUAAAAUGCGUGAGUUCAUAAAUGAAAGUCAUUAUUUAGUGUUUAGUCAUUUAUUAAUAAGUAACAAUAAAUUAUUUUCAUAUGUUGAAAAAUCAAAAUCAAAUAAUUUCUAAAUAUGUUUCCACUUAAAAUC